UGUUAAUGUUUGUCAAGACUUUUAUAACAGAGUAAAAAGAGAGAUAAGAGGUGCAUAUUUGGCAAAUUUUUAAGAUAAAUCAUGGAAAUAUGAUGAAUUAAUACUAAACGUAUGAAAAUAACAAAGCAUUGGAGUUCAAAGAUAAGCAAGAAAUUGAAGUAAAAGUAAAACCGGUGAUAUUUUGGAGAAAAUUUGCAUUUUAAAAAUUCAAUAUGGCAGUAAAAUGUAAAAAAUGUGAGAAGUUCUACAAAAACAAAGAAGGAGCCAAUUGUUUCAUUUGUGGAGUAAAUAAGCACAUGGAAUGUGACGUCAUGUUUCAUAGUAGCAAAGCAAAACAUCCUUUCACUUGCGAUAUGACUUUGUUGGCAAUUCAGAAUAAUCAUCUGUUUUUCAUUUGCGAAUCAUGUCAAGAUGCUAAGACUAAUCCUAAGUCAAAUAGUGUGGAGUAUGUUAAUAACGAAUUAACACAAAAAUUAAAUGAGAUUUUAAAAAAAGUUUUACAACUUGAAGAAAAAAUUGAAGAGAAAGGAGUCAACACAAAAGGAGAAAAAAUCGAGUCAACACAAAUGUCGUACGCGAAGGUCGUCAAAAUUGAUUUAAAAAACGGAAGAUCUAGUAAAAAUAUAAAUGCGAUGGAAAAAGUAAGAAAUUCAAUUGAUCCUCAAAAACUGCAAGCAUCAGAUAUGCGAUCAACACCUAAUGGCGGAGUAACAUUCAAGUGUCAGGUAGAAAAAGAACAAGACAUAGAAGCCGAAAUCAAAAAGAAGCUAGGAAGUAAUUUCGACGUUAAAAUAAAUGAACAAAGAAAACCGUCUUUGAGAAUUUAUGGAUUAUAUGACGAUAAAAACCUCAGCUCUCAAACAUUAGAAGAUAUGAUACGCACUCAAAAUUCUUCAUUAAUUCAAAAAACUAAUUCUUUGUAUGUGAAAAAAGUUACUGGAAGGAAGAAUAAUACAAACGUGAAGACAAUAUGGAUUGAUUGUGAUGUAGAUGUCUAUAGGAACCUUACGCAAGCAAAAGCAAUUAAUAUUGGUUGGAGUCGAUGUAACGUUGUGGAUGGAAUAAAUCCUAUGAGAUGCUAUAAAUGCAGCAGAUACGCACAUAAGGGGUCUGUUUGCAAUAAACCUGAAGAAUGCUGCCCGAAGUGUUCUAAAAAUCAUCUUUUAACAAAUCAUAAUGAUGAAAUUCAUGGAGAGGAGAAGAAAUGUAUAAAUUGUCUGGAUGCAAACGAGAAGUUUAAUUUAAAAAUGGACACAAACCAUGCUGUGUGGGAUAAAACCUGCAAAAUCUAUCAACUGAAACAUAGAAAACUUAUGAAUUCUAUUAUUCCAGAAAAUUAAUUUCUUUGAUUUUGUUAUAUAAAGAGUUUUUUCAAACUUAAAUUGUUUGUAAAUCAAUGAAAACCGAAACCAAUUAAUAAUUGGUAAAUAAAACAUUACAUUACAUUAAA